AUGUCGAGGCCUAUUAUCAUUGGAAAUCGAGGCUAUCGAGGCAAAUAUCCAGAGAAUACGCUGGUCGCGUUUAACAAAGCCCUGGAGGCAGGAGCAGAUGUAAUUGCAACUGACCUGCAAAUGUCCAAAGAUGGUGUGGUUGUCAUCAACCAUGAUCAAACAACACAGCGGUGCUGGGAUAAGAAUUACAAGGUCGGUGAUACUGAAUGGAGUGAACUAAAGUCGCUAGGUAGCAAAAAACCCGGGUUCCCAGAUUUGAAAAUGCUGACCCUUAUAGAUGUUCUGAAAUGGUUGAUAGACCAUCCGCAAGUCAAAGUACUGCUGGAUAUCAAAUACUCAAAUGAUCACGAAAUAAUGCUCAAAAGCGUCGCCGAAAUGCUGAGCGUUCGAGAAGAUCUGCCGUUUUGGCGAGAACAUGUAAUAUGGGGGUUGUGGAGCAUAGACUGGUUCCAAUACGGCAUGGAAACCGGUGUAAUCAAGGAUUUCGAGGUGGUGUGCACCACAUUGUCGCUAGAAAUGGCCAAGCGGUUUGUGGAAUUCUCACGAAAAGUCGACAAUCCGCACUAUCGUCUCAGCGCUGUCAGCGUGCAUUUUGUCUCCACCUGGACUUCUGCAUUUCAAAAGGAUAUGAUCCCAUAUUUGAGAGAAAACAACGUACAGACGUAUGCAUGGACGGUGAACCGGGCCGAAGACUUUAAGCAGUGCGCUGCGCUCCCGAUUACAGGGUUUGUUACAGAUUAUCCAGACGAAGCAAAAAAAGCGAUCUCGACAAGGCUGCAAUUGAAGACCAAAUUUAGGCGUCCUUUUCUUUUGACCAAGGAAGGAGCCAGAUUUUACGCAUUUCUUCUCAUCUAUGAGUUCAUAGUAGGAUUCUUGUUUUCCUCGUGGGCCCAGCAUAAGGUUGCAGGGGUCUCUUUUUCAAUGUUGGUUGUCAAGGCGAUGAAAACAGCUCACCUCAUAUAA